CUGAAGAAGCUGGAUCAGGCCGUGUCCGCCGCUCACACCUUCUUCGUCGCUAAUCCCCAGCAUCUCCAAAUGCGGGAGGACAUAGAGAAGUACCGGCGCAUGUCAGGGGUGAAGUCGGACAACUUCCGGGACCUGGAGGCCACGCCACACUGGGAGGCAUAUGAGGCUGGGGUGCAGCACUACAAUGCAGAUGAGUACCUGCAGGCUGUGGCCAGGCUGGAGGAGUCACUCACAGAGGCGCUGUCAGCACUGGAAGAGUGUCGUGCCCUGUGUGAAGGGCCUUGGGAGGAUGAGGACGAGGAGGAGGAGGAGAUGCAACCUGGCCUGUAUGAAGCCAUUGCAGCCCAUUAUAUUCAGGUUUUGAAGUGCCGACAGCAGUGCGUCCUUGAAAUUGCCACAAAGCCGGGGCGGAUUUCUGCCACGGAAGAUUUCAUACCCUCUCAUCUCGACUUACUGCAGUUUGCUUAUGAUCAAGAGGAUCAGGAGAAGCAAAAGCAGGAAACUCUGGAUGUGGAAGAGAGGGAGAAGAGGGGUCCUUUGCCUUUUGAGGGUAUUGCUGUCACGAUGGAUUCCCGCCGGAUGAAUGGAACACAGAGGGUUGUGUUCGACAGAGUGCUGACAGAGUCAGAGUGUAAGGACCUUCUCCGGCUGACAAAGGCAGCAGGAGAAGCAGGAGAUGGCUACCGGGCAAGACGGUCACCUCACACCCCACAUGAAAGAUUUGAAGGAUUAACUGUUUUAAAGGCCGUGCAGCUGGCCCAGAAUGGGGACGUGGAUUGGAGAGAUGCCAAAUUACUUCUGCAGGCCAGUGAGAAAUCACGGAAAAUCAUAGAGUCCUAUUUUACUCCUGGAAAAAAACUCCAUUUCUCAUUCACACACCUUGUGUGCCGCACAGCUGUAGAUGAGGAACAGGAAGGUCGCAUGGAUCUUAGUCAUCCUGUCCAUGCUGAUAAUUGUCUCUUGGAUCCUGAGGGGCAAGAGUGCUGGAGAGAACCGCCUGCCUACGUGUACAGGGACUACAGUGGCAUUCUCUACCUCAAUGAUGACUUCCAAGGUGGGGGCCUUUUCUUCACUGAAAUGGACACUGUGACUGUCACAGCUGAGGUGCAUCCAAAGUGUGGGAGGCUGGUAGCCUUCAGCUCUGGCAAGGAGAACCCCCACGGCGUGUGGGCAGUAAGCCGCGGAAGGCGCUGCGCCAUUGCUCUCUGGUACACACACUCCCGGGAGCAUGCUGAGCAGGAACGGGUGAAGGCAGAGGAGCUGAUGCGACAGAGGGCUGUGGAGCAGGACCGACCUGGUGGAGAACAUCAGGAGGCUGAUCACCGCGGCAGAUCCUCCUCAGAGCCUCCCAUUCCCAACAGCAGAGCCAGGGCCACAAGCCAGAGACAAAAGCCUGGCUCUGAUAGGACACAGCACCCGAAGGAGCUGCGGACCAGAGAUGAGUUCUGAGUACACGAGGCCUCUGGGGCAGGACUGGCACAUGCCAUGGCCUGGCAGGUCGCGGUAGCACCGGGACCACAGAGGCCUGGAGCAGUGUAUUAGCAUGCUAGAGCCGUAGUGAUGGGGAGGGAUGUAG